AUGACCCAAAUUCACGAUAUAAAACAUGCCCAAACAGAAAGAAAUGAAUGGGGGAGUUCUUGGCAAUUUUUGUUAACUUGUAUUGGAUAUGCUGUUGGACUUGGAAGUAUUUUUUGUUUGGAAUUUAAAAUUAAAAAAAUUUUAUUUAUAGAUAUUUGGCGCUUUCCAGCUUUAGCAUAUGAACACGGUGCCUUCUUAAUUCCUUAUUUGAUAUGCUCUUUGUUGAUAGGAUUUCCUUUAUUAUAUCUUGAAAUGAGUAUAGGGCAAUUUUGCAAGGCUGGACCAGCUGUAGCCUAUGGGUGGAUUAGACCUGCAUUUCAGGGUAUUGGAUGGUCAAUGGCUAUGUUAUCUCUUUUAAUUGGAAUUUAUUAUAAUGUUAUAGUCGCGUGGACAUUAAUUUAUUUGUGGACGAUUAUAACUGGGAAUUCUAACCAAUUCUCAUCUUGCACUAACCAAUUUAAUACAAUUUAUUGUUCAUCCUCUUUGGAAGAUUUACGUUGUUCUAAUGAAUUAAAAACAUUGGGAGCAUUUUAUUUUAACAGAACUUGUAAUUUUGGGAAUGAUACAAUUGCUAAAAGUUUGAAAGACAAAACAUUUUCUAUUUUAUCUGCCGUUAGUCCUGCCGAAGAAUUUUUUGAGAGAUAUGUACUCGAAAAAACGGCUACAUUAUCCGAAUUUGGAGGUUUAAGUUUAAAAAUGGUUAUUUCCCUUGGAUUAGCUUGGUUAUUUACUACGCUGGUUUUGGUUAAAGGUGUUGAAGUUAUGGGGAAAAUUGCUUGGUUUACAGGAACUACACCCUACAUAAUAAUUGUUAUACUUUUUAUUAGAGGUAUCACAUUAGAUGGUGCAAAAGCUGGCUUGGAUUAUUAUUUAUUGAAGCCUAAUUUAAGUGUUAUUUGGCUAGCUGAAACCUGGAGGGCUGCGGCAACCCAAGUUUGUUAUAGUUUGGCGAUUGGAAUGGUUUGUUAA